UGGGGAGACCGACUGUGACUGUGCAGCCACAUAAGCAACCUUUGUGUGUGUGUGUGUGUGUGUGUGUGUGUGUGUGUGUGUGCAUGCAUGUAUGUCCAUGCAGGUGAAAAUACUGUAUUUGUGAAUGUGUGAGUGUGUGUGGGACCAUGCCGGGUUUUGUGAACAAUUUGAAGGUGCAACACUGCCUCACCUUUGCUACCGGUCUGGUGGAGUGUCUGGUUUUCGCCGGGGCUGUGUUUGGAUGGGCUUCCCUGGUUUUUGUCCUGAAGACGGAGGGCUACUUCAGCUCUCUGUGCGUCAACACCACAGGAGUCAACGCAACAAAUGUCUUAGAUUGCAGUGAACAGGAUGAGCAGUUCUCUCUUGUUUUCACCAUCACCUCUUUUAUGUUCAAUUUCCUGACUCUACCCAAUGGUUUCCUCUUUGACCAGUUUGGUACCACAGUGGCUCGGCUCUUUGGGAUAUCUCUUUACACCACAGGGACCUUGAUGGUGGCCUUCUCGACUCCAGCUUUGUCCAAUCUGCUGUUCCCAGCUCUGUCCCUCCUGGCAGUGGGCGACGUCUUGUUUGUAAUGACGAACAUGCAGGUAGGAAACCUUUUCGACUCACAUCGCUCCACCAUCAUCACUCUCUACGACGGGGCUGUUGACUCUUCCUCAGCACUCUUUUUUGUCAUCAAGCUGUUACACGAGUCUGGCAUCUCUUUCCGCUCUUCCUUCCUCUUCCUGUCUGCCUGCAGCGUCAUUCACCUGCUCAGGACUUUCUUCCUGCUGCCCAGAGACCACAUUCCCUACCCGCUGUCUGAUGACUACACAUACGGGAUUACCUGUGGUAAAUCAAAGACUCUGUGCUUAGAGCAGACAGCAGCCAAUGGUAACGUACUGAAGAUGACAGAGGAAACGCCCCUCAACAAAGACGUCCCUGUGACACAAGAGAAGAGUUUCCGUGAGUGUGUCAUGUCCAGGUUCUUUGCGUGGCACCUGCUCUGGGUGUCGGUGAUGCAGCUCAGACAUUACCUCUUCAUUGGCACAUUCAACCCAACGCUGCAGAGGCUGACGGAGGGAGAGCCUUCACUGGUGAGCCAGUACACCAAUGCCUUUGCAAUGACACAGCUGUGUGGCGUGCUGUGUGCUCCCUGGAACGGCCUCAUCAUGGACAGACACAAGGGCAAACCUCGUGCUGAAGGAAAGACCGAACAGGAAGCAGACCUGCAGGCUUCAGUGCUUUCUCUCUUCCUGACAGCGCUGCUCUGUGUGGUGUUCUCAGUUUGCGCCACCAUCCCAUACCUGCCGCUUCAGUACCUCACUUUCAUCCUGCAGGUUAUUAACCGCUCCUUCCUCUACGGUGGAAAUGCAGCCUUCAUCAGUGUAGUUUUCCCAUCCUGCCACUUUGGAAAGCUGAUUGGUCUGACCAUGGCUCUGUCUGCAGUGUUUUCUUUGUUGCAGUAUCCCUGCUUUGCCCUGGUGAAUGGACCUCUGGAUGGAGACCCUCUAUAUGUGAACAUCGGUCUGACGCUGCUCAUCCUGCUUGCCUUCAUCCAUCCCCUCUCUGUCUACCUGCACUGUCAAAGACUCACCUCCCAGCGAGCCAUCAAGGCCUCCUUUUAAAGUCAAAUGAGACUUACACUUACAAUGUCUUUAAUAUCACCAGCGACACUUUUAUCUCUUCGGUUUAUUCUUUUCAUUAAUCAUGCUUGGGUGGCUGUGUAUUGUUGCCAUGUGUAACAUCAAGUGCCUUUCAGGUUGCAGUGAAGUUUGGUUUUGGGUACAGUCAUAGCACAAUCACGAUGCUCUUAAAUAAUGCUCGCAGCCGUACUGAAUGUAUCCAUAAUAAUCAAGAGAUUCUGAUGUGCAGCCUGCUGCAGUAUAUACUGUAAAUAUGCAUAUGUUUAGGACCAACAAUGUGUGAUAGGUAGGAAAAAGCUGAAUGUAGUAACAGUGUAAGGGACAAAUGGAGUCAGAGUCACAAAUAUCAGUUUAUGUUGUUCUAAUGGGUCGAUCAGUGAUGUUGUGAAUAUUAAAAAAAGAUAUUUUAGGCAGCCCCUCUGUUUGCUUUUUAAAGAAGAAAAUCAUCUUGCACAAAUCUUGCACAGCCGUUAUUUCAGUGUGCAAGGAUGCUUUGCACCCGAGCUCUUGACACUUAAUGUCAGAAACUGCAAGUUUACUCACCUCACAUCCUCAAGGGGACAUAUCAAGAGGUGGUUUCUUUUCUUACUUUUGGUAGCUCCUCCUACAUCUAAGUCUAUAAGUAGGAGGGAGGACCACACUUCCUCCACUUUGUUCUUCAAACAUGUCCAUGUGUCCAGGGUGUUUGAUGAUGUUUCCCAUGAGUCUUUGAGAAUCUACCAAUUUAAGUAACAUUUCCUUUUAUAUUUUGAUGUGUACACGAUUGGAUUGAAGUUAAGGAUAACAUCUGAUUAAUUUGAUCAAGUUUGAUUGAUUACAUUUGUUAAAUAAUAUAUGUCAGUACCAAUUAUUAUUCAACAUGCAUUGUAUUUAAUAUAAAACAAUUCAAAGACUGGAUUUAUGAUUCAAUAAUUUAUUUGCAGAUGUUAUAAAUGAUUUCUCUCUUCUUUUAGAACCAUGGCAAACAUCAUGACAAGCAUUAUGACAAGCAUUUAAUCAACAUGAACAACAAUUAAUGACGGUUGAAUGUAACAGUUGUCUCCUGGUGGUUUGUGGCUCCAGUAAGAACCUUAUAUCCUCAACACUCAACCCCCAAAUACUCCCCAUACAUGUUUUUUCUGGGUACUCCGGCUUCCUCCCACAGUCCAAAGACAUGCAGGCUAGGUUAAUUGGCUCUAAAACUCUAAAAACAUGAAUGCAUGAAUGGAUGUCUGUCUCUGUGUCAGUCCUGCGAUAGUCUGAUCGGCUCAUCCAUUGUCAGUGGGGAUAGGCCCUAACCUCCCCGUGCCGAUUGACAGGAUAAGCGGUUACGGAAAAUGAAUGAAUGAAUGGAUAGUGCUAUCAAGCAGAAACAUUGCCUUAUUGUACAAUGCCUAGAGGGUGUGUAUCAAAAAAUUAACAAAGGAACAGAACGGGCAUGCACUCGGCCAAUUGUCAAAAUAUUUGUCCAGCAGUCUAACCGUAGACUCCAGCACACCUCUGUCCAGGUGAGGAGCAAAGCUUUCAUGUACAGUAACGCACAUACAGGCUCCCUCUGGUCUGAAAUUAGUGAUGUCUAACAAAACUGCCCAAGCUGAAAUUCUGUGCAGCAGAAUGAUUCAGUUUCUGUUGACAUCAGAGGGCAAUUUGAGCAAAGGCACCAGUCACCACUGUUUUCUCUCUGCAGCUCAGGUUCUGGGUCAUCCCCCACCGGUGGUGCCCUCUUGUCCAGCUCAGCUGCAGCCUUGGCCACUCUCAGCUGUAUUUCUUCAGGUGGGACGAAUAAUACCGUGCCCGAAUAUGUAAAGCUGGCCAAUACACUGUAAAAAAUGUUCUCGUCCAAAACAUCCUCUGCACUCAUAAUAAAUGAUAGCAUUUUUACUGCUGGACAUGUAGCUAAUUUACAAUGCGAGACAAGGAGGAGGAUUUGUUUUUAGAUGCAUAUAGAGCAAUGGUUCCCCACUGGUGGGUCGCGGCCCAAAAGUGGGUCACCGGCCCAUUCUGAAUGGACCACAAGUGACUUGCAAACAUGUCAAGUUUGUAAAAAAACAAACUUUAUGUUUAAGUACAGUAAAUUUCCAGCAAAUCGAGUUUAUUUUGAAGUGUUGCUUUGUGCUGUAGAGUGAGUGACUAAUGGACAGCAACUUGACAGAGACAGCAAACUAGCUCGACAACUUGGCCAAACGCUAGUAUGAUGCUGAAUGUAUUAAAAUGUGGGAGCUUGAAUUGAUGAUGAAGGAGAAAUCUGAACCCCUUUGCUGGACCAGUUGGGAACCACCAAUCCAGAGCACGCCUCUUCGGUUACCAGAGGUGGAGACUCAAAAUAUAAGCCUAAAUAGUUUGCAGUUCUUCUGAGCACCACGUAUAUCACUGGUGCAUAGAAGAACAGCAGAUUUUGAAGCAGCCCUCAGACACACAGAGAGUACUAUAAAAACAUGUUUCAUAUCACACUAUAUCCCAAAUUUGGUUUGCAAAUAUUGUGAGAAUUAUUGUGCUCUUGCAGGCAACUGUCUACUUCAGAUGCUUUACGGAAAUAUAUAACUUAAGUUGAACUGUAUGUUAUUUACCUUGACAUAAAAUUAUCCAGCUCUAC